GUUUAAGUUUUUUUUUUUUGUUUUUUUUUUUGCCAUUUUGGUGUAGUUGUUAUUAUUUAGACCUAAUUUGAAUAAUUUCGCCAACUCGUCUAAUUAACUGAAAGAAAACGUAUAUUUCCCUUUAAAGUCAAACCCUCUGCCCUGUUUGUACAGUAGCCUGCUGCUGACAGUGGCAUCGAGAGGUGGGUCAGUUUUUUCUUGUCUUGUCAUUGGGCAAAUGUUCAUGCGCUGCCCCGCGCGCACCAUAACAAACGAGAGCCCAACAUAAACAAACUGUCAGUAACGAUGCUUUCUCUCGUCCUUUGCGUCCUGUUUGCACUUCAGCGCUUUGUUCUCCAAAGUGCAUCAGAGUACUCGUCCAAAUCCGAACUGGAUUACGAAUUCGGUGACUAUCGAGGCAAGUUCUGCAUGGACGAUCAAGGAUUUGUUUAUGGCAUCGGACAGGUUUAUUACCCGGGCUCCACAGCGUGUCCAUGCACCUGCACAGAGGACGGUCCCGUGUGUGUCAGACCCAAGUGCCCGCGGAUACACCCGAGAUGCACGCGCAUCAAAUACAAGUCCUGCUGUCCCGUAUGUGAAGCGGUCAGUAAAGUUUGCUUGUUCCGCGGCAAAACUUACAGAGUGCUGGAGGAAUUUAGGUUGUCACCCUGUGAGCGCUGCCGGUGUGAAGUCAACAAAGAAGUUUACUGCACCAUAUCCGGCUGUCCAGCUUUGCAUUGUGUAAAUCCUGUAUACGAACCCAACCAUUGCUGUCCGGUGUGCAAAAGUGGGCCAAACUGCUUUGCUGGAAAUCGCGUAAUCUCCGCAGGAGAGCGUGUGGAGAUUGAUGAGCAGACGGUGUGUUUCUGCACCUACCGGGACGGAACGUGGCAGACGCACCAUCACGCUACCUGCGAGGAGCGAGAAGACAAUGAAGCCACUGACUCUGACAACACGUCCAAACAGAUGGAGGAGCAGGAGAAGGAGAAAGAGAGAGAGAGAGUGUACUGGCCCAGGCUAGAUGCCAUCCCGUGAUGGUGUGCCUGGCACCAGCUCUCUUGACAGGCAGGAGGGGGUGCAGGUGUCUGUGCCCAGGGUAAAUACAACCUGUGCUGGGACAACCGCCAAUGCUGACCUCUUUAGCCAACCUCACCACCGACUCCCUCCCACAAUGACCUAUAUCCGCAACCCUCUGAGAGGCAACACACAAUAACUCUAGCACUUUGUUGCGUUACUCUCUAUACCGUUGCAAUCAACAUUAUUCAAGUCCCUUAAUCUGCAUUGCUGCCAUAAAGAAAAAAUUAUGAAAAAGGUUGAAUGAAAAUAUAAGUUUUGAAUUAUUUCAAUUUAAUUAUUUCACAAUAAGGGACAGCAUACAUUAGUGGUCAAACUCAAUUCCUGGAGGGCCACGACUCUGCAGAUUUUAGCUUCAACCA